AUGGAUUAUUGUGUUUCAGAGUGUGUGAGAGACCCAAAGUGUUCGUCCGUUCUAUAUAAUUCUCCAAGUCAGUUAUGUAAAUUGUUACGUUGUUUGUUAAUUCCUGAGUACAUUAUUCCAGAUACUUCAGAGAAUGGAUGGGAUUAUCAUGCCAGUGAAAAUGCAUGUAGUGACGGCUGGUUCCGGUUUGAGGAUCAUUGUUACUUUAACAACUUUACGGGCAGUAAAUGGAACGAUGCACAGAGUGUUUGCAAUCAACAUGGCGCUUACUUGGUGGAAAUUAAUUCGAAGUACGAAAAUUUAUGGCUUGAUAGAGAAUUAACUAAUGGUUUCUAUUGCGGUGUCUCUAUGUGGCAUCUCUUUACACACGAGAGAAACCGCUGGAUCGGAGCUACAGACAUAGUGACUGAGGGUCAGUUCCUAUGGAGUUUCUCUACCACUAAGCUGGAUUUUCACAACUGGAGGAAUGGAGAACCAAAUAACAGACGCAAGGAAGAAUACUGUGCCGUGAUAAUGAAGGACGGGCAAUGGAAUGAUUUGAAGUGUUUCUGCAAUCAGGGUUUUAUUUGCGAGAAGAAUUUGUUUUAG